AAAUGCAGCAAAGUUGAUGAGAGAGGCAACUGUUGAUUCUAUAAAUCAUUCACUGGAAGAGAUAGCGAAAUUGAUCUCGUCAGAUGAUAAAUUUAAAAUAAUUAUUAUAUUUCCGAAAAUUCAUCUUGCUGGAAACACAUGAGGGCGGUUUUUCAAUUUUCAUAACGGCAAGGAAAGUUGUGUGAGUGGACCACACCAGAUUUUUGUGUCUUCUAUUGACUGGGCUAUAGUAUAGUAAUAAUCUAAAAUCUAUGAACUUCUUUUAUAAAAACACUUCACCUUAUUAAAUAUUUAAGCAUCUGUUGAUGUCAUUCAAAAUCGUAUGUGAAUGUCAAAUGCAGAGUAUGAGGUUAUAAUCUACACAAAUUUUCAGAAUUUUAGUGUUUUUUAUGAAUAUGAAAUUAUAUCAAUGUAACCCUCAUAAUCUAGUCAUCACAAUAUUAUUCAUUCUAAAUUCAAUGAGUGUAAACGCAAAGCAUUACAUAAAACAUGAAGCAAAUAACAAUAAGAAAUUGAUUGGAUUGCUGAGCAUAGAAGACCUUCAAAAAACAGUCAAAUUAUACAAUAAAAUCAUAGAAGAUCCUACAGCCUACUACGAGUCUGUAUCACAAAUUAAGGGACAAAAUGCAUCUGCUCUGAUUGAACGGUCUAAAAAUAAAACUGAAUCCACAGCAAAAAAAAUUAAAGGGAUAACAAGUGGUAGAAGUACUACUAGUAGUACCAUUUUUCUCAGUACUGGAAAAAUAUUCACACCAACUAUUCUGAGCUACGAAUUUCUUCUUCAGGAACUGAAUAGGAAAAUAAAAAAUUUAACAAUUUCAUUGUCAAGUGCAUCAACUGUUGAAGUGGGAGAGGAGUUGAAGAGCACUGUUUUUCCAGGGGUUGUCAAAAUUCAAAAUGGUAACACAAUUAUUGAGAAUUUUACACAAAGCAGAAUCUAUAAUUAUUUGUAUAGUAUUUCUUCAACUAUGGAACCAAUGUUGACAACUUCACUUGUUCCUUAUCACGUUUUAAAUUCAGUUUUAAAAACAACCCCAAAACCUGAAUCAUCUUCUGGCCUUCCAACUAACAUAUUGGAGCUUCUCGAAAACCAAAAAGAAAUCAUUAAACAAUUAAUGAUGAAUAUUGAUAAAGCCCAAAAAGUCUUAACCAAUGGGACGGUAAAAAGUUCAGUGGAUGAGUCUUCUACUGACUUCAGAUCAAGUGAAGAAAAUGGGAUGUCAUCUAAUAAAACUUAUGAAAGUCCCAUAAAUGAUAUAUCAACUAUACUUAUGAAGUUAGCGGCGGUAGAGAAUAAUGGUUUGAUGAUGAAUAUGACAGAAGAUCGGAAACAAAAACCUAGAAAUCUAUUAACAUUGUUGCUGCAAAAGUUCUUGAAUAUGAAAAGUUUUGCUGACGUACAACAAAUUUGAAAAUAAAUUCUGGCCAUCGAUUGACUCCACUACCGUACAAUUUCCAAGAAGGUUUAAAUUAAUAAUUGUAAUAUUCUUGAAUUGCAUCCCAUGUUUGAUUGAUGAAAUAGAAUCUGGGAGAAUUUUACAAUAAUAAUAACAACUGGGACAACAUAAUGAGAGGAAUGGGAGGAUACCGUACAAUAAUUAUUAUUUUCCACAAACCAAAAUGUUUCUUUUAUAUAUUUUAAAGAUGUUCACCAAAACCGUCAAAUUGUUUAUUGUUUUUGAAGGGACGGAUUCAAGGAUCCAAAGGUUCAAAGAACC